GAGGCUUUAUAACCACUUCGACGCGGACGCUCGGUUUCUAUCUCGGGGAGGGCGGCUGAGGCGGCGGCGGUCGCGGCGCGGGUUGAGGGGGCGCUGAGGCGGGAGCUGUGGCGGCGCUGGGCGCCCCUCGCUCCUCGGCCUUUGGGGGCCAUGGGCUCUGAGAAGGACUCCGAAUCGCCGCGCUCUACAUCUCUACACGCGGCCGCGCCCGACCCCAAGUGCCGCAGCGGCGGCCGGCGCCGGCGCCUCACCUUCCACAGUGUCUUCUCCGCCUCGGCCCGCGGCCGCCGCGCCCGAGCCAAGCCGCAGGCCGAGCCGCCGCCCCCGGCCGCGCCGCCGCCGCCGCCCGCCCCGGUCUCGGUCGCGGCCCAGGCCCCGCCGCCCGAGGCGCUGCCCACCGAGCCGGCCGCCGAGGCGGAGGCGGAGGCCGCGGCGGAGGCUGGGCCCGGGUUCGAGGAUGAGGAGGCGGCGGAGGGCGGCGGCCCGGGCCCGGAGGAGGUGGAGUGCCCGCUUUGCCUGGUGCGGCUGCCGCCCGAGCGGGCCCCGCGCCUCCUCAGCUGUCCGCACCGCUCGUGCCGGGACUGCCUCCGCCACUACCUGCGCCUGGAGAUCAGCGAGAGCCGGGUGCCCAUCAGCUGCCCCGAGUGCAGCGAGCGACUCAACCCGCACGACAUCCGCCUGCUGCUCGCCGACCCGCCGCUCAUGCACAAGUACGAGGAGUUCAUGCUGCGCCGCUACCUGGCCUCAGACCCUGACUGCCGCUGGUGCCCGGCCCCCGACUGCGGUUAUGCUGUUAUUGCCUAUGGCUGUGCCAGUUGCCCAAAGCUGACCUGUGAGAGGGAAGGCUGCCAGACAGAGUUCUGCUACCACUGCAAGCAAAUAUGGCAUCCAAAUCAGACAUGCGAUAUGGCCCGUCAGCAGAGGGCACAGACUUUGCGAGUACGGACCAAGCACACUUCAGGUCUCAGUUACGGGCAAGAAUCUGGACCAGCAGAUGACAUCAAGCCAUGCCCACGAUGCAGUGCUUACAUUAUCAAGAUGAAUGAUGGAAGCUGUAAUCAUAUGACCUGUGCAGUGUGUGGCUGUGAAUUCUGUUGGCUUUGUAUGAAAGAGAUCUCAGACUUGCAUUACCUCAGCCCUUCUGGAUGCACAUUCUGGGGCAAGAAGCCAUGGAGCCGUAAGAAGAAAAUCCUUUGGCAGCUGGGAACACUGAUUGGUGCUCCAGUGGGGAUUUCCCUCAUUGCUGGCAUUGCCAUUCCUGCCAUGGUCAUCGGCAUUCCUGUUUAUGUUGGCAGGAAGAUUCACAGCAGGUAUGAGGGAAGGAAAACCUCCAAACAUAAGAGGAAUUUGGCUAUCACAGGAGGAGUGACUUUGUCCGUCAUUGCAUCGCCAGUUAUUGCGGCAGUUAGUGUGGGUAUUGGCGUCCCCAUUAUGCUGGCUUAUGUCUAUGGGGUUGUGCCCAUUUCCCUCUGUCGUGGAGGUGGCUGUGGAGUUAGCACAGCAAACGGAAAGGGGGUGAAAAUUGAGUUUGAUGAAGAUGAUGGUCCAAUCACAGUGGCUGAUGCCUGGCGAGCCCUCAAGAAUCCCAGCAUUGGGGAAAGCAGCAUUGAAGGCCUGACUAGUGUACUGAGCACCAGUGGAAGCCCUACAGAUGGACUUAGUGUUAUGCAGGGUCCAUACAGCGAGACAGCCAGCUUUGCGGCCCUCUCAGGGGGCACUCUGAGUGGUGGCAUUCUUUCCGGUGGCAAGGGAAAAUAUAGCAGGUUAGAAGUCCAAGCCGAUGUCCAAAAGGAAAUUUUCCCCAAAGACACAGCCAGUCUUGGUGCAAUUAGUGACAACGCAAGUACUCGUGCUAUGGCCGGUUCCAUAAUCAGUUCCUACAACCCACAGGACAGAGACUGCAACAAUAUGGAAAUCCAAGUGGACAUUGAAGCCAAACCAAGCCACUAUCAGCUGGUGAGUGGAAGCAGCACAGAGGACUCGCUCCAUGUUCACGCUCAGAUGGCAGAGAAUGAAGAAGAAGGUAGUGGUCGUGGCGGCAGUGGCAGCAAUGAAGAGGAUCCCUCCUGCAAACACCAAAACUGUGAACAGAAAGACUGCGUGGCCAGCAAAGUUUGGGACAUCAGCCUGGCCCAGCCCGAGAGCAUCCGCAGUGACCUGGAGAGCUCUGAUACGCAGUCAGACGAUGUGCCAGACAUCACCUCAGAUGAGUGUGGCUCCCCUCGCUCCCAUACGGCAGCCUGCCCCUCAACUCCCAGAGCUCAAGGUGCACCGAGCCCAAGUGCCCAUAUGAACCUCUCUGCCCCAGCCGAGGGGAAGACUGUCUUGAAGCCAGAAGGUGCAGAAGCCAGAGUAUGAAGUGGAAUGAAUGCUCCUGUUCUGAGAAGCACACUUGUUAUGCACCUGCUCCUUGUCUUGCUGACCUGUGCUUUACCACAAUGAGGAGGAUGAGUCUGGACAACAACUUGGAAGAUCCUUGUCUCUUGGGCACUGCAGCUAGACUGAGCACAUUUCCCUGCACAUGGAACAGGAGAUGCUCUUAGUGGACUUCGGGUCAGUGGAAGAAAAUGCCCUAAUGUCCUUGUGUGAAAAAGGGAACCUGUUGGAGAAAAGGGCAGUCACUCUGAAAAUCCCUGAAACAUAAAUAACUCAAGAUUACAAUUCUCUUGAAGGCUCACCGGAACAGCAGUUAACUUGGAUAAAAGCAAAGAAGUCUUUCGGAGGGACAAGAGUUGGCAGCCAAACCUGUGUUGUUAUCUCGGCUCCACUUCUUCCCAUUGUGAGACUCGCUUCUGAUCGGCUUUCACUUAGCCAACAUGGGGGAAACAGUCCUUAACUAUGGCGUCGUAAAGUGACAUGGUGUACUGAAAUGCUUUUGGUGAAGACCCGUUGUUUUUUUCCUCCUGCAGGAAUAAGAAGAAAUAAGGGAGAUUAUGGGUGUCCUCUAAGAAAAGCCCAGAACUUUAGACCAGAGGCUAUGAAAAACUAAGCUUAUUCUAAUCCUUUGCAACUCUCUUGUUGUAGAGCCUAGAAAAUUAGCAAGGAUGAAAAAGCCCUUUGGCGCCACCUGGAGGACACCAUGAGUAAUACAUUGGAAAAGUUCUCCCUUUAGAAAGUGGGGAAAGUAACUUCCUCUUUGUACAGCAUUCAUUCAUUUUGAAAUGCCGACAUUUCAAGUGUGGAAUGCAGCAAAGAAGAAAACACGAAAUUAUCAUCCCCAUGGAACUUACACUGUAGUGGGGAAAGCCCAUCAGAUCUAUAGCCUGGAUGAGGAUAAGUGCACUGAAGAAAACAAAGCGGGGAGAGGGGAGAGAGAAUGGUAGAUGGUGCUACUUCAGAUGGUAGUAUAGGCUUUUCAUAAUUUUAUCAGAGUCCUAAGGGGAUUGGGAAAGGACCAAGUGAAUAUCUAGGGGAAGAACAUACCAGACAGCAAGAAUAGAGUGCAAAGGUUCUUUGGUGGAACAUACUUAGUCUGAUUAAAACACACGAACACACACACAGCUUAGAGACCUGUAUGGCUAGGGAUGCGACUCUGAGGCCAGGCAGAAGGUAAUCUUCAAAGCCAGACAGAUGGGAUGCUUGCAGUCAACUUUCAAAGGGGCUAAAACUUGGGGGGGAGGGGCAGGUGGGUCUGGUCACCAGUCCUGCUUGGAUGGGCUAAUGUAAAGAAAUUCAUGGAUAUGGUAAAUGGGUACUUACUCACUCUGACCCUCCCUAAUAUUAUUGUACUAGUACUUUUUAUUUUUAUUUAGUAUUUAUUGUACUCGAGAGGCUGGAAAGCUAAACAUGUCUUAAACUUCCUUAAACCAAGGUUCUGAAUAUAGUUUUGCCAAUUAAAUGAGCAAACAAGAUGUGGAAGAAGAAGGGAUCGAGGGAUCAUCUUCAGCUACUUUGACUGAUUGCUACUGCAAGGAUAUUCCAGGAUCUUUCCAUAGUUUUUUGAAGGAAGGGCUUCCUGAUCCAUAAAUAACAGUGAUGUGUGUUCUUGUUGUCAGCCUGUGGUGGCCUCCUGAUGCCUCAUGUGGAUGGUCGCAGACUUAACAGCUACCAGGGUAGACCAAUCAGUUUUUCCUGGAAGUCCAGCCCAGAGCCCACUUGCUCAGGCUUUCCAAUGCUUACAGGCACCUAUUUUACUUGUACUGAAUUAUUUUCUACUUAAAAUUAGGUAGAGGGGUUUUGCUUCCUACAACUACGAAAUGCUGAUAACAGUAUUUGGUUCCAAAAAUGGCUUUAGGCAAUACGCCCUCAAAGACGGGACUCCUAGAUUAGUUAUGACUUAGUUGGAUUUGAAGGAAAUGAUAAAAUUGCCAUUGGGAAGAAGUAGACAAAGAUUACUUACACUUAUGGUCACUUGAAAUGUCUUUUGGAGAACUUUGGCAGAUCAAAUGGCUGCCACUAUCGAUCGUCAUGUAAGAAAUGAGGGCCUAGAUGGUGGCGGCUAUGCUAAAGAAGUAAAGGAAAGGGGCGGGCGCCAUCUGACUCUGUUUCAGCUUCGGUCAUGAUCUCAGGAUCUUGAGAUUGAGCCCCACAUUGGGUCUGUGCUCAGCUGCAGAGUCUGCUUUGGAUUCUCUCUCCCUCUCCCACUGCCCCUCCAUUUCUCUCUCUCUCUCUCUCUCUCUCACACGUGUGCACACACACACGGGUGCACUUGUACACAUGUGCUCUCAAAUAAUUUUUUUAAAAGAUUAUUUAUUUAUUUGACAGAUCACAAGUAGGCAGAGAAGCAGGCAGAGAGAGGAGGAAGUAGGCUCCCAGCUGAGCAGAGAGCCCGAUGUGGGGCUCGAUCCCAGAACCCUGGGAUCAGGAUCUGAGCCGAAGGCAGAGGCUUUAACCCACUAAACCACCCAGGUGCCCCUCAAAUAAGAAUUUUAUUUAAGUAAAGGAAAGAAAACCAAAGGCUCAAGCCAUGUAUGGGAGAGCCCCAGAAGAAUUUCUUUUUUUUUUUUUUAAGAUUUUAUUUAUUUGACAAAGAUCACAAGUAGAGAGAGAGGAAGAAGCAGAAACAGGCUCCCUGCUGAGCAGAGAGCCCAAUGCAGGGCUUGAUCCCAGGAGCCUGGGAUCAUGACCUGAGCCGAAGGCAGAGGCUUUAACCCACUGAGCCACCUAGGUGCCCCCCAGAAGAAUUUCAUCUCUUGCAACUGCAAGGCUGAUGUACACAAAAAUCAGAAGGAGAUUCUGGGUUAUAGAAUUACAACAUAAGUUAAAUUCAUAGCCUUAUCAUGUCUCAUGUGAAAAUCACAGCAUUGUUUGGGAGAGAGUGGGACCCUGAAAUGAGAAACGGGGACAUUUCAAUGGAUUUGGAUAAACUCCAGUGUUCUGAAUCCAGAUUCCACUUCUCUUCUCACCAGCAGAAACAGCCUUUCUUCCCCUCACUGAUAUGACUGGUCCUGUCUUACUUGGAGACCCUCGGGUACUUGUCUUGAAAGGGAAAGACAGUUCUUAUGUCCCACCCACUACCCUAUAUUGCCACCAGAUCUGUAACUAGAGUCUAAUCCCAGUAUGUUUUUGGAAGCAAACACAAAGUGUGAUCUGAGAGAUGUCUUACAGAAGAAUUGUCAGGUUUUGUUAAUUUGAAUCAGCAGAAGCCUGGAUCUUAAAAAUUUUAAAUUAGACCAGAAAAAAAGAACAUUAUUUUCAUUUGGGUUGCAUUUAUUAAUAUGGAAAUUCUAGAGAUACUGAAUUCAAUAUGUUGGCUUUAGCAGCUAAGAGUGUUUCUUAGCUGGUCGGUUAGAUAAAGCCUGGACUGAACAGUGGUCUACACUCAAAUUGAAAUGCCAUACAUUCCUCAGUAUGGCAUUAGAAGAUGAACCCAAAAACGUGAAGAUAAAAAUAUUGAUGCAGAUUUAUCAUA